GAUUUGCUGCCUGGUGCCUCAGAAAGAGGAGGUCGACGAGGGGAAAGUACAGAUUACUCCACCAGGUUUCAAUGUCAUCUACCUGCCGUAUGCUGACGACAUACGCACUCUGGAUCCCCCCGGUGCUCCGCGGCUUCACAAAUUCAGGUGGACAAGAUGAAAGAGAUUGUCUCCAAGCUGCGCUUCAAGUACAGGAGUGACGCUUUGAGAAUCCAGUCAUCCAGCAGCAUUACAGGAACCUAGAGGCACUGGCUCUGGAUAUGGUGGCUCCAGAGGACGUAGAGGACCUCAUCAUGCCAAAGAUAGACCAGAUUGAUCGCCGUCUGGGUCCUUUAGUUGAGGAGUUUAAAGAUCUGGUCUACCCUGCCAAUUACAACCCUGAGAGCAAACCAGCUGCCAAACGCAAAACAGCUGAUACCGGGGGCGGAGCUGAGAAGAAGCCUAAAGUUGAGGUGCCAGAAGACGAGCUGAGGGCCCACGUGCAGAACGGCACCUGGGAAAGCUGACCGUGCCCGUAUUGAAGGAGGCCUGUAAGCAAUUUGGAGUUAGGACCACUGGGACCAAGAAGCAGGAGCUGAUAGAUGCUCUGACAGCCCGGCUGGGCCCAUGAGGAGUUAAAUGUGCAAUCCC